AUGCCCGCAAGCAAGUACCACAACCCCUCCCUAGAAAAAGAAGAAGAAGAAAUCCUCGCACACUACAAAGCCUGGAUCCACUUCAACCACACCGACUUUGGCAACAAGUCGCGGGCCAAAUCCUUCUACGAUCUCCCAGAAACCAUGUACUUCGACCUCAUGAAGGUGAUCCCCCGCGGCGGCUUCGGCCAACACUACGAUAGCAUCGACGCGUACUACGACGACUCGCACCUCGCGUGCAAGGAUUUGGAAAUCGUCGCCACGUCCAAGCAGACUGGGUACGCGACGAUGAUCCAGCGAUAUUGGGGCACGGGGACUGACGGGAGGGAAUUUUCCUUCACGUUUAGAAUGACGAGUUUGUUGAGGAAGGUGGAGGGAGGGCAGUGGAAGUGGAUUCAUGAACAUGUUUCGUUUCCCGCGGAUUUGGAGACCGGGAAGGCUGAUUUCACCUGUGGAACGGGCACGUCGGGCAAGCCUUCUUGA